AUGAGUAAUGAAUGGGCACAACACAAACUCAGUCGAACAAAACUUGGACGAGAAUUGGAGCAAUUAUUGUUUGACCAUACGUAUUGGGAUAGAUUGACAAAUAUAGUUUCAUUAUAUGAGCCAUUAUACGUGGUGCUUCGACUUGUGGAUUCUGAAGUUGUUCCCACAAUGCCAUUUGUGUACGAGCUUAUGCACGUGAUGAAAGAGAACCUUAUUCGUCAAGGAGCUGGAGAUUGGAUGUUCAAAAUAAUACAAGAUCGUUGGCAGAAAACACUAAAACAUCCACUUCAUGCAGCAGCAUACUUCUUGAAUCCAAGAUUUCAAUAUAGGCGUGGAGUUGGUAGUGAUCCGGAACUACUUCAAGCUGUCCAUGAUGUUUUUGCAAAAUUAGAUCCAACUACUGAAUCGCUUGGUCAAUUUGGAAAUGAGCUUGUACUUUUUCGAGAUGCAAAAAGAGGAUUCGGUGAUCGAGCGGCAAUUGCAUCAAGGUCAACCAUGGUGCCCGCUGCACAGAAGGCUACUCAAGAGGUUGUAGUUGAGAAGAAGGAGAUCAGAGUUAUGGAGUAA